CGGUAUACAUUAACGACCGCGGAACGCUUCGAACCUGUGUUUUAUUCACUAUAGGUUGACUAUAGUCGGUCAGACGAAAAUAAAUGAAGUAUAGUGUGGGUGCCGCAUGCCGGUAGUAUAGAAGCGAAAGCCCAGACCGCUUCUCGUUUGCAUUACGCAACGAUCUAUAAUAAUAAUAUAAUAUAUCAUAAGUAAAAUACAGUCAUUGACAAUAAGACCGGUUUUGGCGCCUAUUUUUGCUUCUAUUGUGGCCGGUCAUUAAGAUUACCGACGUGUGAGUGUAAAAUUAAUACGACUAUGUUAGUUCAGCUGCGAUAACAAAAGGCAGACGACGUGUUUUGAAAUUUCGAAUUUGAAAACCGCUUUUUACAAGAAAAGUUCGAGUUUUAAAUUUGACAGUUCCAUUUUGAGGUUGACAAUUGUAGUGUUGUGAAAGUGUUUAGAAGAGUAAGGUUUCGGAAGUUCGGUUGAUAUUCGGUGGCCGACAUUCUUAUCAGUUUCACGCUACAGUGAUAGAGUUUUGUGAAAGUAUAACACGGGUAAGAUAUUUUAAGUGCAGUUAUCUAUAAAGUGUUUUGAAAUCGAUAUCGCUAAUUCGGUUAAUGAAUAAAACAUAGAGGAAGGAACACGCUACGCCCAGUAUGCUAGUUCAAUUCGCCAGUUAAAUAGUAUUAAUUGUGCGUGUAAUUUGAAAGUGAACUGUUUGCAUUGAAAUCAUCAGUGAUUAGUUUUCUGCGGCAAACGGUUAAGCGGUGCAACUUCGAAGGCGCCGUAAUCAGAAGGAUACGUCAACGUCUGCGCGGCGGUGUGCCUGCUAUUGUUGGUUUGCGGGCUGUCACCGAGGUCGUCGGCGGCGCCUCAUAGAAGACGAGCCAGCAUGGACCGGGAACGACGCGACGCAGAUGGAGAGAACAGUCUGUGGGCUAACCCCUGCGAUUAUAAUGACUCUCAAUCAAAACCAGUCAUCCCGCAAACUCAUGCAAGGGAGGUCGCGAUGAAGCUCGUCGUGCAAGCAAAAAGCACUUACUCAAAAACUGCGAAGUACAAGGAGGAAUUUGCACUGAAACUUCAUAGUUACCCAAGUUUUGAUGCACUUCUUACCUCGUGGCGUAAUCAAGAGUUUCUCAAAGCUUAUUCCUGGCUACCUGAAGAAGGACUUCCCAAGGAAAAGGUCCUAAACGAAACAAUGUCAGAUGAAUAUAUGACAGAGUUGAUGCCAAAAAUAGAUGAAGUGCUGCCGGGGAUGUAUAAGGGGCUGAAGAUGAUUGUGGCUGGUUUGUACGCGUUUACAACGGAGGAGCUAAAUGCAGGCCUCAUAUCUGACGAGCCACUGAGAGAUAACCUCACUCGGACCAUGCAUGAUUCGCGAGCUGUGCUCUGUUAUUUUAAUGACAUCAUGAACAUUCGCAAUCUUAAAAUCUUGAAACUAUCGGACUCUGAAAUCCCCACGGACUUCGGCAACAACAUGGGCGUCCUUCUAUACAGAGACACCAUGAACUUCUUGCAGUAUCUUGAGCAGGUGUUUAGAAAGCUGUACGACAUGGAUUCUUGAACACAGCGGGUAUCAACAAGAGUUUCACAACGCGACUUGAGGAGAAACUGCAACCCAUGUCACUUUUGGCAGUCUACUUAAUCUUGGUGUUUGCACCGCAUAGCGAAGCGCAGUAUUCUUCAGUAUAGUUAGCCCCAAGAAAAAAAAAACUCUUUCUAGUAGAAUUAUUUGUAUCUUUUGGCUGUUAUAUAGCGAAUUAAUGUAUAGAAAAAAAAAACUGUCUUUGCCAUUACAUUGCCAUUUUGGUCUAGAACGAAUUAGUUCCUUUUUGUAAAUAGUGACGAAUUUAAAAUGUAUUAUUUAUUGUCUGCUGAUUAACAUUCUAAAUUUCCCGAUUAUCCUAGUCAAGGUCUUAUUUAUUUCUCGCUUAACUCCACUUUAGUUUCAAUUUCUUUAUUAUUUGUAUUAUUUAAUUUAGAUUUUAGUAUUAGACUUCAUUCCAGCACUUGGACUAUGUUGAUGAAAUUGUUGAGUCGGAAUAUGAAUGCGUUAAACGAUGUAUCAGAACAGUUCUUGUCUGCUGUUGUCGAUAUUAAUUAAUCCAUAUUAGACAUGGUAGCUUGAGGCUGAGACGAAUAAUUUUAAUUGUACAUUAUAUUCCUACUUUCCUUAGUAUUACUUGACUCUUUGUUAACUAUUUAUAUGUUACAGAAAUCCAAUGAAAUAUGACUAGCUUUAAUAGAGCUGUUAAUUAUAUUAUUGUAAAAAUACAGAGCCAGUGUAUUUAUAACUUAAUCAUUAUUUGUAUAGUUCAAAUAGUACCUAUUUAUAACUGAAGCACAAACAUAGCUUCUAUGUUUGUGAAAUUAAAUUAUUAUUACAUUUAUUUCAACGA